AUGAGGUACGAUAUUGCACAUCGUCGUAAUGUCUGGGAGAAUCGGUUGUUGGAUGGCUCAAUGGCAGACGUCGGUACCUUAAACGUUGAAUUGGCGGAAAGAGCAAAGGAAGAUGCCAAACACUUCAAUGAUUAUAAUUACACCGAUAAUCCAUAUGCAUUCGGAAAUGUAAUGCAGCACAUAAGUCCAAUAAAUGGAGAAACGUACCCCGCGAACGCAUCAUGGGACUCAUCUAAUGCACUCAUUGAUACCCAAGCCAAAAUGUUAACUGGCCGAAAUUUAUCUGCAACCGGACCUCAACCGACGAACCAAGGGAUCAGUUCUUCUUUACCAGUUUUAGCAAACGGGAAAGCGGUGAGGUACAAAGGGACACGAUUUAACCCGUACUACUCACGACAGAACCCCUACACACCGGCUCCGUAUGCGAUUCAUACAGACUAUUCCAACCAUCCUUAUCAAAAUCAACCUUAUUAUAGUGCCCAACCAGCGUAUCACAAUCAAAACCCGGUGAAUAUGUAUGGAGUGAGGGGCGGAGGCGGUGGAGGAAGAGGACCGAGUAGAGGAGGCUCAAGUCGAGGUUCGAGAGGUGGACCUUCAAAUCGAGGUGGAAGUGCACGUCCAUCAAUUGGUCCAGGAAGCUUUGACAAAUCGCUUGCAGUCGCUGGAAGUAAGAGUGCAGAUGGAAAUGUAGGAACGUCAACCACAGGUCAAAUUGGUAGUCGAACCAGAUAG